AAAAAGGUCAAAAUUGACGGUGAAAAGCAUAAGUCUCGUGCAACAAUCCAAAUGGUUGAGAAACUCCCCGAGGACGGAGGUAAUACAACUGUGUAAAUAGUUAGGGAACAUUUCUUUCGGUAAACAAGCGUAAAUAUGUAGCAGCCAAGUACGAGACACAUGGUCGAGCCAAGCGCAUGCGCAAAGAGGUGCCACGGUGGUGAAUGACUUCGCUGUCCUCAAAUAGUUCGUAGUUGGUCUUGGGUAGAAGCAGGACACGAUGGAUAUGAAGGAGGAAUUACUCAUUUCCUUAGUGUAUCGUCGAACCGCCCUUUGGGAUCCGCGUCAUCGAGACCAUCGGGAUCGGAAUGUUAUCAAUCGGUUGUGGGGAGAAAUCUCCUUAGAGUUGGGAAUCAGUACAAAUGAUCUCAGACUGAAAUGGAGAGGGCUACGGGACUGUUACACGAAAGAGAUGAGAAUUAGUUCAAAUUCCAGGCCGGGAAUUUCGAACGAAGUGUCCCUCCAAUCCAGCUGGCCAUUAAUCAAACAAAUGUCCUUCAUGAAAGACGUCUCGCCUCCCCAGGACAGCUCCGUGAACAAUAGACUAGAUCAUCUCGGUGACAUUGUCUACGCUUCCGAAAAUGAGCUCUCUCUCGCGUCACAGAUUCAUUUAAACGCCGAAGAAGAAACCGAUGGGCUGGAUAAUCCGUCCAUUGUCGACGUGACUGGAGUGGAUGAAGAAGAAUUGGUCGGUGACAUCGCAGAUCGAGGAGUUAAGAGGAAAUCACUCAACGACUGCUGGAAGGAAAAUAUCACGCUGGAAGCGCGGGCCAAGAAGCUAGAGGUCCUGGCUAAGCCCCUCAAUGGCGAGGAAACAGAUGAGGACUUGCUCUUCUUCAAGAGUCUGUUACCUGACAUGCGGCUGCUUCCCAGAACCAAGAAGUUGUCAGUCAAAAUCAGAAUGUAAGAACUUUUACUCAAUGAAUUGAAUUCGCUCAAGCAACCGCGUUCCCCAUCACCACACGUCCACACAUCAAGGGUGACUCCUGUUUCUGGAAGUCAGAAUGUAGAGGUGCUACAAUUAUCCGCAGACGAGGCCUUCAACUGACAAUGAAACAUUAGAUUCACAUUUAUUAUCACCGGCUGUAAUUGUUUAUUUACAUACAAGAGUGCCUUUAUAAAUAAGCUUAGCAUAUUAUUUUUGAACAAACCUCAUUACAGUAAGUUUAUCAAAUAAACCUGCAUAAACAUAUUGUGUAUCCUGACUUACCAUACAGUUACGACUUUAACAUUCCUAGGAAGAGUAAACCUUAUUAUAUAUACUCGUAGAUCUUAGUUUUAUAACAAAAGCUCAAAACUAGUCAUGACAUUUCACAUGACUCGAGGAAAAUAUUCACUCGUAAAAAAUGCUUUAGCCAAUCACGCAUGAAACUGUACAGUGAAAUACUGAAUAAGACGGAAGGAAGCCAAAAACAAAUGACAACAUAUUAUAUAAACAUAACAAGUACGCGCAAGACGUACAAGAUUCACUGACCAGUUUCAAAACUCUAUUGCGUGCGUUCGCAAAUACAUGAAAAUACAAGAACUCCCAAGUAUGUUAUAUAAUUUAAUAAGAAUAUGUCACUUUCAUUUGUAUCAAGGUAAAAAUAAAUCUUCUUGCCACUGGCAACGCAGAGUAGUGCCAAACACGAGGAGGAGGAUUGCUUGGCAAUCACAUCUAUUGUCUCUCCCUUUCGAACUGAGAAAAAACAAUUGUAAGAGAGAGAGAGAGAAUAGUUAUUGCAUCA